AUCUCAAUUCUGCUGCUGUUCCUCGCCUUGCUAGCUAACUCUUACUUAAUCUUAAGUUGUUAAUAAUAAUUCCCACAAUACCACCGCAGAGUUCAAGAAAUGUCCGCUCUAGUAUAUACUGGCAUGUUAUAUACCCCGUUAAGCAAAUCAGAUAUCAGGGUGCUUACGGUCGAAACCCACGAUGAGGGGUCGAUCAGUUGCUAUCUUCAUACAGUCACACUUUCCGUAGAAUUGAAGUUUACGGCGCUGUCAUACGUUUGGGGAGACCAGAGCGUCAAGGAAGUGAUAAAGAUAAAUGGACAUCCAUUUCCCAUUGGGGCCAACUUAUGGAAGGCACUGAAAGACAUAUCGCAAAUAGAUUGGUUUACGAAAGACUCUUACCUGUGGAUAGAUGCGGUGUGUAUCAACCAAGAUGACAAUGGUGAGAAAUCCGAACAAAUACCGAAGAUGGCACAGAUUUACAGUUUGGCUUCUCGGGUUAUUGCUUCAAUUGUUCCGACAGACGUCCUAACCGAAGACAACUUUAAGUUAUUGUCAGGCAUGGCUCAAACUGUUAAGUCCGCCCGAGACGGUGGGAUUAGUCCGGUGGAAUUGAGGAAGUCUUCGGACGAAAGGUUCGGAGGAGACAGUUGGAGGCAGCGGCCCUACGACUUACUGAUGGAACUAACUACACUGCCGUGGUUCUCAAGGGUUUGGGUGAGGCAAGAAGUCGCACUGGCGGCCAAAUGGCCUAUAAUCCUAAUAGGCAAAUAUCAAAUGCACAUGGAUGACCUAUGCGAUCUAUGGCGUACAGUCUCCAACGAAAGGGAAAUUUUUGAUCAACCUCGGCUCAGGGCAAUGGAUAAUAUACGGACGAUGAUUCACUAUACUGGAAUCGUGCUGAAGGAGAUUGGGCAGGCGCUUGAUACUGCCGGGCUUCUCCUCCACGUAAUCCUAUCGUAUGGGGUAGCUCAAGCAACACUCCCCCACGAUCAAAUAUAUGGUCUGCUUGGUCAGGUUUACGCCUUAAUCGAAAAGACCAAUAAUCCACCGCUCCCUAGCCAGCUGGACCCGGACUACACCAGACCGUUCGAGAAGGUCUACCAUGAGUUUACAGUAUAUAUCCUAGAACAUACUAGAGACCUAAGACUAAUAGAAACUGUAUAUAGAGAGCUCGGAGGAGUCCCAUCAUGGGUUCCGGAUCUUCGACAUUUGGGAUCGGAUAUGACUUGGAACAUGCCAAAGGUCAAAGCCAACUUGAAGUUCUCGGAGUCUAGAAACGAGUUGCAAGUAGAAGGUAUCAGAACCAGCGUACUUCAAACGUCUCUGCCUUGCAUGCGUAAUGCCAGUCUAUGUCUGUUAGAUCUAAGAGAUCGAGUCAAUGAUUUUGAGGAAAGAAUCAUUAAACCAUCUGCAGAAAUUACGAAUACACCUCUAGAAACGGUGCGAGAGAAAUGGUUUGAUAACAUAUCAAAGAAUAAUAAACGCGAAGAAGAGGAGCUGUACCAAAAGAUGCUGGCAAUCAUUGCCGAACCGCCAGAUAUCGAGUUGUCCGAUUACUGUCUCACGAUGGACGACGCUUCGGUUCGCUUCUUGGUAUUCCUGGAUAAUAUUUACGUCCUCUUUCAGAAUGGGAAUUUUGGCGUGUGUAAUAGACGAGACGCUGUUGUGGAAAAAGGCGAUAUACUGUGCUUGUUUAAAGGUGCCCACCACCCUUGGGUCCUUCGCCCUGUUGCCGGCGGAUAUGUGUUUGUUGCAUCAUGUACGUUGACCGACUACAUGUACAGCAAGGAUAUAAGAGAGGAGUGGUUCUUUAACCAGAGCCAGUGCGAGGUCUUUAAUAUACUGUAGGUAGUUCUUGAUACAGAAUUUGAACAGCAAUACAAACGAGUGUGCUUCUCCAUUAUGGCUGUUGUAAAAGCCCAUUGUGAAGGGCUACGUACCUAGGAGGUAGGUAGCUUAACGCGGUUUGGAAGACGUAAUACAGUCGAAUACUCCUGUCUUUACUCCGGGACAUCAUGAAAUGGCGCACACUAAGCUAUC